GGUUUACUUCCUCUUGGUUUGAUUUCAUCUAGGAGAGAGUUAUUUCAGUUUAUUUCUACCUUUGCAAUGCCGGCGUAUCAUUCGACGUUGUCGGCGCCUAAUUCCUUGUGCAAGAUGGCGCUUCUUCCCAUCAACACGAAAUUCAAAGGCCCAGCUCCGCCUGGAGCUGGAGGUAACGAUAUUGUCGACGAAGCUAUCUACUUUUUCAAAGCCAACGUGUUUUUCAAAAGUUAUGAAAUCAAGUCUGAUGCAGAUCGUGUUUUGAUUUACCUGACGCUUUAUAUCUCAGAAUGUUUGAAGAAGCUUCAGAAGUGUCAAUCAAAAGUGGAAGGUAAAAAAGAGAUGGCGACAUUAGCACUUGCCAAUUUUUCCCUUCCAGGAGACAGUGGCUUUCCGCUGAAUGCCAUGUACCAAAAACCAUCUACUAAGUCAGAAGCAGACACUAUGAGAGGCUACCUGACUCAGUUACGACAAGAACUUGGCCAGAGAAUUAUUGAAGCUGUGUUUGAUCCUCAAACAGACAAGCCAUCCAAGUGGUGGAUGUGUUUUGUUAAAAGAAGGUUCAUGGACAAGAGUCUGUCAGCUCCAGGACAGUAGUGGUGUCAAAAGGUUGUGAAGGUACAUGCUAUGGACAACUGCCAACUUGUAAAGAUAGAAAACGGUGUAAUUUGUGAAUUUUGCAGUUAAAAUAAAUUUGCUUUUAUAGAAA